AUGUUGUUUGCUGUUGGAGGUUGGAGACCCAGCAUAAGGGGGAUAUCUUUUGAGAUGUUGGAGGUUGUGGAUGCAGUUAGACUAGAGGAACCUUUUUCGAAGCAGGAGGUGUUGGAGGCUCUUAAAGGUUUUUAUGGGGUUAAAGCACCUAGGCCUGAUGGAUUCGCUAUGGAUUUUUGGCAAUCAUCUUGGGAGUUUGUGAAAGAGGAGGUCAUGGGGUUUUUUAGGGAUUUUCAUAACCAUGGUCGUUUCGUUAAAAGCCUGAAUGCAACUUUUAUUGUUUUGAUCCUAAAGAAAGGAGAGGCGGAAGACUUAAGGGAUUUCAAGCUUAUCAGUUUGGUGGGAAGUCUGUAUAAAUGGUUGGCUAAAGUUCUAGCCAAUAGGUUAAAAAUGGUGGUGAGGAAGGUAGUCUCCAAGGCUCAAAAUGCUUUCGUGGAAGGAAGGCAAAUUUUGUAUGUUGUCCUUGUGGCUAAUGAAGUUUUAGACUCGGUUUUAAAAGGCAAGGAUGGGGUAGUGAUGUGUAAGCUGGACAUUGAGAAGGCGUAUGACCAUGUGGAAUGCUGUAGAGGUUUAAGGCAAGGGGAUCCCCUUUCUUCGUACCUUUUUGUGAUGGUAAUGGAAGCUUUUAGUAGUCUUCUAAGGAGUGUAGUAAAUAGGGGUUUUGUGUCAGCUUGUAAGGCCAUGUCGGGUUUGAGAAUUAACCUUAACAAAAGUGAGCUUAUUCCAAUGGGUAGUGUGGAAAAUGCAGUGGAAUUGGUUGCAACUAUUGGUUGUAAGGUUGGAAGUCUUCCAACCACUUAUUUGGGAUUGCCUUUAGGAGCGCCUUAUAGAUCGCUGGUUGUUUGGGACGGUGUGGAGGAGAGAAUGAGAAAAAAAUUGGCUAGAUGGAAGAGUCAAUACAUAUCCAAAGGAAGUAGGAUUACUUUGACUCGGAGUACUCUAGCAAGUAUGCCCAUUUACUUUAUGUCCAUGCUCUCCAUACCCAGAAAAGUUAGACUGAGAUUAGAGCGAAUUCAGAGGGAUUUCUUGUGGGGAGGUGGGGCUCUUGAGAAGAAGCCUCAUCUUGUUAGGUGGGAUUUGGUUUACCUUGAGAAGUGUAAUGGGGGAUUGGAGGUUAAGAGCCUUUCUAUCCCUAACAAGGCUCUUUUGUGUAAAUGGAGUUGGAGAUUUGCUAUUGAGAGAGAGGCUUUUUGGAACCAAGUGAUUAGGGGAAAGUAUGGGAAGGAGCACGGGAGAUGGAGUUCAAAGGAAGCAAGAGAGGGGGUAUGGUAUGGGUUGUGGAAAACUCUUAGGAAGGAAUAG